AUGACAGAAAAUAAUGUUUGGGCUACACAGGCAGAAAUAAUUUCCAUGGCACAUCUGCUUAGAACAAACAUUUACACAUAUUCCAAAUAUGGAAAUCAGAUGAAGUGGCUAAAUCAUACAGCACACUUUGUAGAUAAUUCUGUGCAGCUGAAUGAAAAGAGUAUUUAUCUGGAUCAUCACACAGGGGAUCACUUCGAUGUGGUUAUCACUGUCGGACCUGAGAAAGCAGGAAACAAUGUUGGGGAAAAGUCAAUGCUUUGGAGUGAAGUUCUGAAACAAGCCAACUUGACAAAACAGGAAUAUAACCGACAAUAUAAACAGAGACAGAGAAAUAUUCCCUCUAAGAGAGAUUUUGAAAGGGAAAAGAGACGAGUGAAACGUAGUGAUCCAGACAAUAAGCGGAUUGAAAGGGAAAAGAGACGAGUGAAACGUAGUGAUCCAGACAAUAAGCGGAUUGAAAAUGAAAAGAGACGAGUGAAACGUAGUGAUCCAGACAUUAAGCGGGCAGAAAAUGAAAAGAGACAUGUGAAACGUAGUGAUCCAGACAUUAAGCGGAUUGAAAAUGAAAAGAGACGAGUGAAACGUAGUGAUCCAGACAAUAAGCGGAUUGAAAAGGAAAAGAGACGAGUGAAACGUAGUGAUCCAGACAUUAAGCGGAUUGAAAAUGAAAAGAGACGAGUGAAACGUAGUGAUCCAGACAAUAAGCGGAUUGAAAAUGAAAAGAGACAUGUGAAACGUAGUGAUCCAGACAUUAAGCGGAUUGAAAAUGAAAAGAGACGAGUGAAACGUAGUGAUCCAGACAUUAAGCGGAUUGAAAAUGAAAAGAGACAUGUGAAACGUAGUGAUCCAGACAUUAAGCGGGCAGAAAAUGAAAAGAGACAUGUGAAACCGGCUAAGAUACCACCACUUUCAGCAGCAAAUGGAUUUACUUUACCUGAGCUACCAGACCAUUUAUCAUCAGUUAACCCUACAGAGACAGAGGAGAGAUGCUGUGCACUCAGAAUUCCUUUCAUGCAAUUAAAACAGCUAGGGGUUGGAAAGCAAAUAGGUAUAUAUGGGAAUACAGUAAAUGUACCAAUGGACCCAUCACAGGUAGUCUCCAGUCUUCCUAGAAGGUUUACAGAUACUGAGACAAUUCACUUGCUGUUCAAAAGAAGAACUCGGUACAAAUCGGCUCUUUACCAUGAAACUGUAAGACCAAAGGUUAUCUAUGACUUAACCAAAUACUUCAUAGAAAACAGUGUUCUUUACCAAGAAGAAGGGGUGCUGUUGAAUGAAGAAUGGUUUCAGCAUGAAGAAAAGAAUGAGAUCAGUUUUGCAUCUGAAGAUGACCUAAAGGAACUCCAAUCCAGAGAUAAGGAUGCUAACCAUGGUGACCAAAUAGAUGAGUUGGAGGACACAUGGAAUGAGCUUAGUGAAGAGGAACAAGCAGGGGCUGGCAAUAAAGAUACCUUGUUCCAAAACACAGAUUUCACUGAUGAUGGUGUACAUGCCUUACAGAUUGCUCCAGGUGAAAACAGCCAUCCUAUAAGCUUAUUCAUGGAUACAUAUGCAGAAGAAAAGUCAUUCCCUGUACUAUUUGCUGGUCAAAAAAGGUGUGAAGAUGAAGACAGAUUAGUUCCAGUGAAGUAUAGCUCCAUCUGUAAAGCAGAGCUAAGGCAUGUGGAUGGAAGAUUUUCAAAGUCAGUACCAAACAUAUUCUUCAAACUCAAGAAGCUACAGGCCCUCCAGGUCAAAUACAUGGCUACCACAGCACUGAGAAAGACAAAAAAUGUCUCAUUCACAGCUGGAGAACUAAAAUCAUCAGUUCAGAUAGAACAUAUUCUAAAACAUGAUGAAGGCUUUCGAUUCUUGAAGAAUUUGCGGUCAUCACCAUCAUAUUACCAAACAAAGCAAAAAGAAUUGUUUGCAGUGAUCAACCAGCUUGGACUCCCAACAUUUUUUGCAACAUUUUCAGCAGCAGAAACCAGAUGGACUGACCUACUGGCACUUUUGUGCAAAAAGAAUGGCAAAAACUUCACAGAAGAUGACAUUGCAGACUUGUCAUGGAUGGAAAAAUGCGACCUUAUACAGAAAAAUCCCACAACAUGUGCACGUCAUUUUCAUUACCGAACUCAACUCUUUCUCAAUAACAUCCUGAGAUCUAGUGUGUCUCCAAUUGGGAAAUUAGAGGACUACUUCAUACGUGUUGAGUUCCAACAAAGAGGAUCUCCACACCUCCAUUGCCUCUUUUGGGCCAAGGAUGCCCCUGUGUAUGGUAUUGACAGCGAUGAGAAGGUCAUAAAAUUCAUUGGUAUGAACAUUACUACUUCUUCAGAUGUAGAGGACAAGAGUAUGCAAUACAUUCAGUUACAAGUCCAUCGCCAUUCAAAAUCAUGUAAGAAAAAGGGGAAGGAAAUUUGUCGUUAUGGAUUCCCCCUGCCACCUAUGAAGGAGACUAAAAUUCUAGAACCAUUUGACUCAACCACAAACAAGGAUGUACUCAAAACCAGUAAACAAAACUAUGAAAAAGUCAUGAAAGUUAUGAAAACUCUAGCUAAAGAUGAAAAUCUUGACUUUGAACAGUUCCUCCAGAAAUGUGACUUAACAUAUGAACAAUACCUGGAUGCUGUGCGAUCAUCACUGAAGAAGAAGCAAGUUCUACUCAAGAGGCAGGUCAAAGAUGUAAGAGUCAAUGGGUACAACCUACAGGUUUCGAAGAUUUGGCAAGCCAAUACAGAUCUACAGUAUGUCUUAGACCCUUGGGCUGUGUGCGUUUACAUCGCCAGCUACAUCAUGAAAUCCCAGCGUGGAAUGAGUCAGUUAUUACAAACUGCAACGGAAGAAGCCAAACGAGGGAACCUGAAACUCUGUGAGAAAGUCAGACUUAUAGCAAACAAGUUCCUCAACCACUGCGAAGUUUCUGCACAGGAAGCUAUCUAUCUGCUACUUCAACUUCCUUUGACACAAAGCUCACGGGAUGUUAUAUUCAUAAACACCUCACCACCUGAAAAACGUGUGGAAAUUCUUAGACCCAUGUCACAGAUUGAACAUCUGCCCAACAACUCCACUGAUGUAACAUGCUCAGGAAUGAUCGACAAAUAUCAAAAUAGACCAAAAGUGUUAGAAAAUGUAUGUCUUGCAGAAUUUGCCUCAUUGUUCGAAAGAAAACCACCAAGGAAAGUAGAAUCAACAAAGGAACUAGAAAUUAACAUAGACGAAAUUGACAAUAAUGUUGAAAAUAUAACGCCUGGAAUGGAUAUCAGACUUGCAGAUGGAUAUCGUCUUGUACGACGAACAACUCCAAAAGUUAUUCGCUAUGUCAAAUUUAAUGUAAGGAAAGAUCCAGAGUUGCACUAUAGAGAACAGUUGAUGCUUUUCAGACCCUUUAGAGAUGAGUUAAAACUAAAAGAAAGAUCAAGCACAUAUGAACAAGAGUACACAAAAUGGCGUGAACAGAUCUUGGAACUACGGCAAAAGUUUCAGACAGCCACAGAUGCUAUGGAAAAGGCGAUAAAAGCUAUUGCUGAAGAGAGAUUAGAUGAAGAACUGGAUGAGGUAGCACCUGCAGCUCGACAGUCAGAAGAUGAUGCUAGAAUGGACAAAGAAGACCAAAAUUCCCUACUUCAACCUCCAAAUGAGAGGAUGGCAGUGUACGAUGUGGCUCUUGAUAUAGGAGGAUCUGUAGAUAAACAAGAAGUGACAAUUCCAAAUAUAGACUAA